CAUUCGCAGAAGUCACGCAUCGGACUAGACCAUCGCCAUGACUUCUUCAGGCAAGGCCGUGGCCACCGGGGAGGCGCUGGUGAGCUUCGCGACCAAGCUGCCCGCCUUCCAGGUGCCGGAGGAAGAGCUGGUCGUGCCCUCCAACCUUGGGAGGUACGGCCUCUCCGAGGUGGUGAAUCGCCUGCUGGGCAAGGAGCAGCCCGUCCCCUUCGACUUUUUGGUGGACGGCGAGUUCCUCCGCACCAGCAUCGACUUGUACUUGGAGGUGCAUAAGCUGUCAUCCGAGAAGGUGCUACAGCUGGAGUUCGUGCUGGCGCUUAGAGAGCCGGAGCAGUCCACCGUGGAUGAGGCGCCCGAGUGGGUCUCCAGUGUGGUAGCUCUGGAGGCUUGCCCCAGCACUUGGUUCGCCGCCACGCUCUACGACGGCACGGUGCGUGUCUACGAGGGUUCCGAGAUGCGGCUUUCCUCGAGGCUGGCGGACUCCGGGCUGGCGGCCGCCGCGGCCCUGCCCACCGCCGGGGGGAGCCACUUCCUGGCGGCGUGCCUUGACGGGACGCUUCGCGCCAUGUCACUGGAAGGCGCCGCCAGCGGGCCGGUGGCAACCCUGGGCACGGGAGGCUCGGCCAUGCAGGCGGCGGCGCUGAGCGAGGACGGCACGCUGCUGGCGGGGGGCGGGUGGUCAACGGAGGUUUUGGUCUUCAACACGGAGCCGGAGACCUUUGCCCAGCCUGCGGCUUCGCGGAAGAGGAAGGCGGCGGCCAAUCAGGCGCGGCCCAAGUUCGCGCUGAAGGGCCACUCCCAGGUGGUCACCGCGCUGCACUUCGGGAAGAAGGAGCAGUUCCCCUACACGCUGCUCAGCGGAUCCUGGGACUGCUCUGUGCGGGUCUGGGACAUCGCGGCGGCCAGCUGCGUCUGCAACUGGGGGGUGGCAAGAGCUGUCACCAGCUUCACGGUGAACCCGGCGAUGCCGCAGUUGGCCACCAGCCAUGAGGACGGCCACGUGUCCUUCUGGGACGUGCGAGCCCCUGCGCACACCUCCAUCGCCGGAGACCUCGGGCAGCGCGGGGCUGCCGCUGGCGCAGGCGCAGGUGACUCACCGGCGGCUCUGCUCGCAGGUGGCGUGGUGCCCCGAGGACGUCGGACGGAGGUGGGAGGCGGUGUGGCUCGGCCAUUUGAGCAAAGGC